CGGCGCGUGAUCGACCCGCCAUGCAGCCAGCGCAGCGCAAACCUCUUCCUAGAUCCUGGGCACUGGAGCGCACAGUAUGGUUGAAUACCGGAGCGCCCAUGCCACUUUUGGGUCUGGGCACCUUCCGCCUGCAGGGCGAAGAGGCGGUGCGGCUCAGCCUGGACGCCGCCCUGGAGAACGGCUACCGCUUGGUGGAUACAGCUGCUGUCUAUCGCAACGAGGCCGCCAUCGGGCGCGCCUUGGGCGAGCUGCUGCCGCGCCACGGUCUUGCUCGCGGCGACGUCUUCCUCACCAGCAAGUUGAGCCCGAAAGACCACGGAGGGGAACUGGCUGAAAAAGCCUGCCUGCGUAGCUUAGAGGAACUGGGCUGCGAUUAUCUGGAUCUCUAUCUCAUCCACUGGCCAGGCACACAAGGCCGACCCCAGCAGGAUCCGGGUAACCGGGAACGCCGGCAACAGAGCUGGCGGGCCCUGGAGAAGUUGCACGAAGCCGGGAAACUCCGGGCCAUCGGCGUCUCUAAUUAUACCAUCCGGCACCUAGAGGAGCUGUUGGCGGAUUGCCGGGUGCCUCCGGCAGUCCUCCAAGUGGAAUUCCACCCGGAAGUGGCUCAGUCGGAGCUGCUGGCCUUCUGCCACCAGAAAGGCAUCCACUUACAGGCCUACUCGUCACUCGGGGCCGGCCAGCUGGUGGGGCGGGCGGAGGUGGUGAACAUCGCCACGCAGCAAGGGCGUUCACCCGCCCAGGUCUUGUUGCGCUGGGCGCUCCGGCAAGGCGUCAGCGUCAUCCCCAAGUCGGCGUCCGCCAGCCGUGUGGCUGAAAACAGCCAGCUCUGGACCUGGGAUUUGAGCCAGACGGAUGUGGAAGAACUGAGCGCUAUGGAUUGUGGGAAACGCCAUUGCUGGGACCCCAGUGCCGUGGCUUAGGAGCACCGGGCUGAGGCCAGACCUAGUCCUGAAAUGAAUAUCCACCCGGGUCUGAAAUACAACCGUUCCCCCAAAUUUGAAACGGUGUCUUUUUUUUCAAAUUGGAAAAAGCAACUCUCCUGGUGUGAACCUACCCAUACGCCAGAGUCAACAACUGAGGCCCUCCUCUGUGUGCCUUCUCAGAGGGGAGUUCAGAGUAUGGCAACAAAG